AUGGUGGACCUCAGCCACGUCUCCCAAGCAACGAUGAAGGCCGCCCUCGACGUCUCCCGGGCGCCCGUCAUCUUCAGCCAUUCUUCCGUCUACGCCAUCUGCAGGAACCCACGAAACGUCCCCCGAACAUACUCAGGAAGUCAGGCUUAUUGGUGGCGCUGCGUCCAGGCUGUGAAUGGAGGCAUCGUGAUGGUGAGCUUCUACAACCACUUCCUUACCUGCAGCGACCACGCCUCCGUCGAAGAUGUUGUGGCGCACAUCAACCACGUGAGGAAGGUGGCGGGAGUGAAACACGUGGGUAUUGGCGCAGAUUUCGACGGUGUGAACAAUCACUUUAAAAAACCCGAGUCGCGAAUGAAGCUUCGAAGACUUCUUAACCGAAGCAACAAGGGUCGUAAUACUUCAGUGCUCGAGACAACAUGUUUAUCACGAAUAUCCUCUCGGAACCUGAGCAUCAGGAAAAAACUCAUUACACUCAUACCUCGGUCUCUAGUUGUUCGGAUAUCGAUGAGCCACCAGCGGAUCCCACCCUUCGAGGAGGAGGUCCCGGCGGCGCACCUGGAGGGCCACACCAACUGCAGCUACGGCUUCAUCAAGAACUCUGACGAUUAG